AUGAAUUGUUCACCUGAAAGCCUCCUAAUGAGUUGUCCUUCUCGUUUCCAGGAUGCCAUCAUGGAAUACCUCAUCGAGGGAUACGAGCUGAACAAAAUCGAUGCUACAGAGCCAGAACUCUCAGAUUACGUACAGAUUCCGGAUCACGUUCGUCUUUCGGAAGAACUUAAGGUCUGUAUGCAAGAAGCCGACUUCGACAUGUCUGUCACUUCAGAUUUCAUGAAGUGCUUUGACCAGAGCAUCACAUCCUUCGAUUUGAACGUUUGGCCAAAAGUUCUGAGGCGAGUUCAGCUACUUUUUCAAAUGGUAUUUCCACCGAACUUCCGAGAACUGCCUCCUCCAAAGCUGGAGCUCUUCGACCUGGAUGAGAUGUUCAGCAGCCAAGAAGUUCGGCUCGCCCAGCUGACGAAUAAAUGCGAAGAAACUGACCUGGAAUUCUAUAUACACGAGGCUGGAGAAGUUCUAGGUGUAAAUUCAAGUCUACCAAUAAACGAGCGUAACCCAAAGAGGAUUCUGGAGCACGUACUCAUGCAGCUGUUCGAGUUCAAAAAGCUAGGACAGGACGGAGACGUUGAUGCGAUGCUGUACGACAUUCAGGGUGGCGCUGACGUUAUGGUCGACGAGGAAACGUUUUCUGAUAUUGAAGACUAUGAUGACCUUCAAUAA